UUGGUGAUAUUUGGUGCCAUGAUUGUAUACCUGAAAAGAUAUAUUUUGCCAUUCUGCAAGUUGGAUAAAUUUGCGAAGGUUCAAAAGCAAUUCGUUAGAUAUGAUUCUUUACAAUCUUCACCUAAAAUAUUAGAACAUCUAAAAUGUAAAAGUUUACUACGGGUUAGAGGGAACGAGGCUUCAAGUUUCUUGCAAGGAUUGAUUACAAAUGAUAUGAAGCAUUUCGAAGAAGGAGCGGCCAAUAUAUAUGCAUUAUUUUUAAAUAUUAAGGGUAGAGUAAUGUAUGAUGUUAUUAUCUAUAGAAGUGAAGAAGAUAAUGUAUAUUACAUUGAAUGUGAUUCACAAGCUGUAGGUCUAUUACAAAAGCAUUUAAAAAUGUAUCGCGUUAGGAGAAAAAUAGACAUAGAUAAUUUAGGUGAUACUGUAAAUGUUUGGGUAUUUUUUGAUCCUCAAAGUAUAAAUAAUAAACAUAGUGAUGAGAAUAGGCAGAAGCUGGAAGGUUUAAUAUUUCCAUGUGGCACUCUUAAUAACAAAGUAAGCAAAGUAGUUGAUGAUAUUAUGAUAUACGAAGAUCCUAGACUUUCUGAUUUAGGUAUCAGAAUCUUAGCUGAAUCAAAUGUUAAGAAAGAUCAAAUUACAAAACAUUUGAAUUUUGAUAUAUUAGAUUCUACCGAUAACAUAACCUAUAAAGCAUUUCGCUAUAAACUUGGAAUUCCUGAAGGUAUUGAGGACUUACCACCAGGAAAGCCUUUACCGUUAGAAGUAAAUUGUGAUUAUAUGCAUGGAGUUAGUUUUCAUAAAGGCUGUUACAUUGGUCAGGAACUUACAGCACGUACUUAUCAUACUGGUGUUGUAAGGAAACGUUUAAUGCCUUUAUUAUUUGACAAAGUUCCUAACAAAUCUUUUUCGUAUGAUGAUAAAAUUAUCAAUGAAUCUGGUACAGCAGUAGGUAAAUUUAGAGGAAUUGAAAAAGUAUAUGGAUUAGGCUUAAUGCGAAUUGUUGAAUCACUAAAUGCUCAAUCUCUUAGUUUAUUAAAUGUUAAAUUAAAAGUAUCAAAACCUUCUUGGUGGCCGCAAGAAUCUCAGAUAGAAAGUGCUUCUGCUAGUAAAAAAGAAUGAAUAUUUGUUUUCAUGU